AUGGAAAGUGCUAUCAAGCAGCAGUUACACAUCAAUAAUCUGUCCACCAAUCCUCAGUUUGGACCACUUGGCUCCAGAGCAGGUGAGCUGGAAAAGUGUCAAUCACCCCCUACGAUGUGCCCUAAACUGACGGAAAAAGAGGUGGCAAGUCUCUGGAACCAGCCUCAUCUCAGAGAUUUUCUGCAGAUUAUCGGAUACGAGCAAGCUGGACUCUACGUGUUCCACAACCCCAGGGACCUCAACAAGUCACUGCUGCUGGGGAGUCUCAACCUCUUCUUAGCCCUGCGCCCACAACCAUUACAGAGCAUUGCACUCUCUAAACCGGACCCUCAACAAAACUCCUCAAACAGCAUGAGAGACCAGGAACCUCCGCAAACUUCAGUACAGGGAGAGGAACAAUCUAAACAGGAUCUUCAGGAAAUAUCAAGACCAGGAAUAGAGGAAUCCAGGCAGGACCCUCAGGAAACCUCAGCAUUGAGAGAAGUGCAAUCCUGGCACGAUCCUCGGGAAGCUUUGGCACAGGCAGAUGAACAAUCCAGACAGGAUCCUCAGGAAACUUCAACAAACACCAUGAGGGACAGGAAAACCAGACAGGGUAUUCCAGAAAGUUUGGUCGAUACUGGGAGAGACAAGAAAACCAGACAGGAUCUUCAGAAAAGUUUGGUAGAUUCUGCAAAAGAUAAGAAAUCUAGACAGGGUCCUCAGGAAAGUUCAGUAGAUACCGUGAGAGGUAAGAAAAAUAGACAUGGCCCUCAGAAAACCACAGCAGCAAGAAACAAGAAAAAUAGACAGGGCCCCCUGGAAACUGCAGCAGCAAGAAACAAGAGAACUAAACAUUGUCUGCAGGAAGUCUCAGUACUGAGUGAUAAACAAACUGAACCGGAUACUCAGGAAACCACAGCAGGCUGUGAGACGACAGCAUGUCCAUCUGGAAAAUCAAAAGUCCGUCUAAACACCCUGAAGCCAUUGCUGGUGCUGAGACGUCAGAUCAUGAUGCAGACUCCGUGGCUUACUGUCAAACCAACUCCAGAGGAAGUGCGGGUGAAGCAUGAUCUGGCAAAGAAAUUAAACUCUCUACGUUCUCAGCAGCAAACUUACAUGCAUCGCAUAGACCUGUGGCACAAGAAAGCUCUGUCAGAACUGGAGAGAAAACCAGAGAAUCGAGGAGACAAGAGACAGGAUUUCUCUCCAAAGAAGUUGAAGGUGAAAGUGCCCCGAACCCCCAGUACUGCUAAGAUCCCCUUUGACAUGCCCACACCUGCUUCACAGAAAGUGGCACUGCGUUCAUCUGCACAGGAGAUCAGAAAAGAACAAGAGGAGAAUGUGCGGCAUCGACACAGAGCUGCAGUCAAAGACCUCUUCCUACCUUUUAUUGAUCCAUUGCCUUGA